GUGGGAGAAAAAGACGAAUUAUAAAAGAACUGCAUUUAAGCAUUUUUACAACAUUUAUUGCGGUGUUUUGUAUUAUUGUACACUGCAAUCGUGGUAGUCCAAUUUCUGUAGAAUAUUUCGAUGCUCACCCCGGCAUUUGAAUUAGGUCAAGAUGAGAAAUUCGUGUUUGUUUAUAUGAAGACACCCUACAUAAAGGCACAAGAUGUAGAGUAUUUUAUAGAAGAAAACCUUUUCAAAUUUUAUGUCAAACCAUAUUUCUUAAGGUUAAAUUUUCCUGGAAAAAUUAUUGAAAAUGGCGAGGAAUCCGCAUCCUACGAUGUUGAUAAAGGUUUAUUCACAGUUCGACUUCCGAAGCUAGUACCUGGUGCACACUUCCCUGACCUUGAUCUCGUAACGAAGUUGCUUGCUCCCUCUGGCAAGUGUAACAUAUCAACUCCUGGAAUUGAGGUCGUGUCUGAGAAUGCAGCCAGUAAUAGUGACGAUGAGGAGGAUUUCGACUGGGAAUGGAGUCAGGAAUUUUACGACGAAAAGGAAGAAGAACGACUUGUUGUAGACGGAUGCAAAUAUGGUUUUGGAAACAAAAAAUCUGGUGUUUUUCAUCGUUUAAAAGACGAACUGAAAGAUGUUGUGGAAAACCCGAAUCCAGAUGAAUUGUCGUAUCGUGAACGAAGGUUGGGGAGAAUUGCCUCUGAGAAUGAAAAAUUUGACGAAGAACAUUAUCUGGCAGACUUGUUUGAUGAUGUAAGAAUAAAAGAAAUUUUGGAUUAUGUUACAGAAAAGGAAGCUUCGUUCGAUGAUAUUGAAAAGAAAAAACUUCAACAGCUGCCAAAUCGAGAGUAUGUUUUUGAAAAAAAAGAAGAAAAUUUCGUUUGCUACAGCCUGGUUGAUAUUAUAUUUGCGUAUGCUUAUAACAAACGUACAACCUUUGGCGAAAACACGGUUGAAUCAGCGUGGACCAUUUCAAAAUUAAGUCCAACCUUAUCGUGGCUUGAGAGAUUCACAAAUGUAGAAGAUGUGUUAGUCGCGUGUGUUCGUCGGUCACUUUCCUACCCGCUCUUUAGAAAUUGGGAUUUGAGUUGCCGAGUUCUGCAAGAUGUUAAAGAUAUCUUUAAAUAUGGUCGAAGGAGGAUUUUGAAAUGUUUACUUGAAAUUUUAAAGUUAUUUAAUGAAAGUGAACCGCGGUAUCUACUCAAUGAACUUUACAUCACAGAUUACUGUGUUUGGAUACAAAAAGUGAAAGAAAAGAAAGUCGACUCAUUAGCAAAGAAAUUAUCGCAGACCAAAAUAACAAAAGAAUCAAUUAAUUGGGACCUAAAGAGCUUGGAAACGGCUGCUGUCCUGGUGUACAAUGAAGAGAAAAACCAUACCUCAGAUUCCGAACUGUCCUCCUCGGAGAGUUCAACGGACGAUACCGAUGAUGAUACGGAAAGUAAUGACACCACAGAUAGUGAUCCCGCCGAUGAAAAAUGUAUUCAUAAAUCUGCCUUGAAUUUUUCUGAAAGUACAAACUUUUGUAGCGAUGAUGUAGUAUCUGGCGAAAAUGCGGCUGUGUGCGAGAUUUCGGGAUUGUGUAAUGGGAGUUCUAAUUUCGAAAUUGAAAGAAACGAACAAAAUUCAGACGAGGAAACCCUUCGUAAAGUGGAAGUACCGUCCUUAUUGUUGUUUUCAAAUCCCGAUGCAAAAAGAACGUUAGUGGAAAUUAUAGAUGAUGAUGAUGAUGAUGAUGAUGACGUUAAUAAUGUAUGCUCAAGUAGUUGUGAGAAUGUGAACUGUGACAAUAACCUUGGCGUUGAAGUUGUCUCUUUGGACAAAAGGAAAGGAAACAAAGCAAUAAACAAUGAGAACAAAGAAUUAGUUUCAUCUCAGGCAACAGAUAAAAGCAACGAACAGGAAAUUUCAUCGGGAAUGUCCAGACUUCUUAUCAAUUCAUGAAAUCUGUGUAUAUAUGUAUCGAUGAGGUAUUUGUGUUCUAAUGCUCAUUUGAGCAUAUUUUUGGAUUUUUGCAGUAUCGACGAACCUUUUAUUAAUAUCAUCAUUAUUAUUAUAUCUUUAUUAUUAUUGUAAUUAUUAUUGCCGUGAAACC